AUGUUUGGCCUCGUUCUAGGUACUCUUAACAAAGCCAAAAUUGAAUCAAAAGAGCGCGAAGCCUCCGAUGCAGCCAAACGUCGUCAAUUACUCGAAGCUCGGCUACAAGCCAAGUUAAGGAACGAGACAGCAGAAGUAAGGAGGCAGGAAGAGGCAAAGAAGGAUAAAACACUUGCAGUAAGGAAGGAGGAGGAGUUGGGUGUGAGAGUCAGUGUGUAUAGAUUGAGGCGGACGAGAACACCGUAUCUGGCGAAUUUCCUGUGUACAAGUGAUGUUAUAAUCACAGGCGACGCACAAUCCUUUGCAAAAAUACUAGAGAAAGCAAAACCUCCCAGGUCACAUCCCCCACCGUUAUACUAUUUACCGAAAAAACUGCUUCCAUCACAAGAAGCAUUUUUAAAAAAACGGAAAGAAGAGAUAACCGUCGCAUCCGCAGCCGAAUGGUCUGCCUUUGCCGCCGAACGCGACGCAAGUGUCCAAGAAAUUAGGCAACUCCGAGAAAAAGUCUCUCAUGCUCAGGCUAUCGAAAGAGAGGAAAAAGAAAGAACGAAACGGAAAUGCAGAAGGGGACGGAGUAACAAAUAUGGUGAUAAAGAUGCGAAACAGUCUACGGAGCCUGCCUCGGCGCCAACAACAGCAGAUAUUACAUCGGAGGAUAAAGACAAAACGGCUGCAAUGGACGUGGACAUGAAACCAAGUUCCACGCAGCCAGAAAAUGAUAAUGAUGAUGCUGUGGAGUACUGA